AUGCGUUCAGACGUGAGUGAAUACUCUCUGAGGCGUGAGACAGUUGUCCAAUGGUUGAUAGCUAAGCAACAGUUCAGGCAGUCACAAAAGGCUUACAGGCAAACCUCCCACAUUCUAAAGGAGGGAGACGGAACCUUCCACAUUCUGAAGGAGGGAGAUGGAAACUUCCGCAUUCUAAAGGAGGGAGAUGAAAUCUUCCACAUUCUGAAGGAGGGAGAUGGAACCUCCCACAUUCUGAAGGAGGGAGAUGGAACCUUCCACAUUCUGAAGGAGGGAGAUGGAACCUUCCACAUUCUGAAGGAGGGAGAUGGAAUCUUCCACAUUCUGAAGGAGGGAGAUGGAACCUUCCACAUUCUGAAGGAGGGAGAUGGAAACUUCCACAUUCUGAAGGAGGGAGAUGGAAACUUCCACAUUCUGAAGGAGGGAGAUGGAAACUUCCACAUUCUGAAGGAGGGAGAUGGAACCUUCCACAUUCUGAAGAAGGGAGAUGGAACCUUCCACAUUCUGAAGGAGGGAGAUGGAACCUUCCACAUUCUGAAGGAGGGAGAUGGAACCUUCCACAUUCCCCAGGCAGUCUCACAGCCAGCCAGUCUCACAGCCAGCCAGUCUCACAGCCAGCCAGUCUCCCAGCCAGCCUCCCAGCCAACCAGUCUCCCAACCAGUCUCCCAACCAGUCUCCCAGCCAGCCAGCCUCCCAGCCAGUCUCCCAGCCAGCUAGCCAGUCUCCCAGCCAGUCUCCCAGCCAGCCUCCCAGCCAGCCGGUCUCCCAGCCAGUCUCCCAGCCAGUCUCCCAGUCUCUCAUCCAGUAUCCCAGCCAGUCUCCCAGCCAGCCAGCCAAUCUCCCAUCCAGUCUCCCAGUCUCCCAUCCAGUUUCCCAGCCAGUCUCCCAGCCAGCCAACCAGUCUCCCAGCCAGCCAGCUGGCCUCCCAGCCAGCCUCCCAGCCAGCCUCCCAGCCAGCCUCCCAGCCAACCAGUCUCCCAACCAGUCUCCCAACCAGUCUCCCAGCCAGCCAGCCUCCCAGCCAGUCUCCCAGCCAGCUAGCCAGUCUCCCAGCCAGUCUCCCAGCCAGCCUCCCAGCCAGCCGGUCUCCCAGCCAGUCUCCCAGCCAGUCUCCCAGUCUCCCAUCCAGUUUCCCAGCCAGUCUCCCAGCCAGCCAUCCAGUCUCCCAGCCAGUCUCCAGCCAGCCUCCCAGCCAGUCUCCCAGUCAGCCAGUCUCCCAUCCAGUCUCCCAGCCAGCCAGCCAGUCUCCCAUCCAGUCUCCUAGUCUCCCAUCCAGUCUCCCAGCCAGCCAGCCAGUCUCCCAGCCAGUCUCCCAUCCAGUCUCACAGCCAGUCUCCCAGGCAGCCAGCCAGUCUCCCAGCCAGCAGUACUACAGGAUGUCUUGUCUUGCACCUUGCUAUCAUUUGCAUGGCUUAUGGGCUGGCUGUUUGGAAGCUAGCUAGCGCCUUAUCUUUGAGCUAUAUUGGCUCUGACAUAAUGCUUCUGGCACAGAAGUACAGUGUGGAUGAGAGGGGUUAAUGAAUUACAGCUUAUUGGCGUCUGGCUCUUUCACCAUAGAAUCGCUGCAGGGGAUGGAGGAAAUAGAGGAGAGGAAAAGAGAAAUACAAGGGGUACGAAUGCGUCCCAAAUGGCAUCCUAUUCCCUAUUUGGUGCACUACUUUUGACCAGAGGCCUAUGGGGAACAGGGUGCCAUUUGGGACUCAGCCAAUAUAGACUGAUCAAUGGUUUUUCUUUCUAGAUGUAUAUUUAAUUUGCUCUGGUAGUCCUAUAUGGUACUCUAUAGUAUGAACACGGUCUGUGAUUCAAAGGUAUUUCUGGUCUUCGUAGCCAGAGGGAGUUUACAGUGCAUGGUCAGAACAGGCUAAUUGUAUAGUACAAGAUAUAAUGGUACUGAUGCUCAGCCAUGGACAUGUGUUUGUCUGUUUGUUUGUUCCAAUGUACUGGGACAACAGACGCUGAUUGACCUGUACAAGGUGUGAUGUUAAAACAUUGAUCUGUCCUGUCCUGGUCAAAACAUUGAUCUGCUCAGUCCUGGUCAAAACAUUGAUCUGCUCUGUCCUGGUCAAAACAUUGAUCUGUCCUGUCCUGGUCAAAACAUUGAUCUGCUCUGUCCUGGUCAAAACAUUGAUCUGCUCUGUCCUGGUCAAAACAUUGAUCUGCUCUGUCCUGGUCAAAACAUUUAUCUGUCCUGUCCUGGUCAAAAAACAUUGAUCUGUCCUGUCCUGGUCAAAACAGUGAUCUGUCCUGGUCAAAACAUUUAUCUGUCCUGUCCUGGUCAAAACAGUGAUCUGCUCUGUCCUGGUCAAAACAUUGAUCUGCUCUGUCCUGGUCAAAACAUUGAUCUGUCCUGGUCAUAACAUUGAUCUGCCCUGUCCUGGUCAAAACAUUGAUCUGUCCUGGUCAUAACAUUGAUCUGCCCUGUCCUGGUCAAAACAUUGAUCUGGCCUGGUCAUAACAUUGAUCUGCUCUGUCCUGGUCAAAACAUUGAUCUGUCCUGGUCAAAACAUUGAUCUGCCCUGUCCUGGUCAAAACAUUGAUCUGUCCUGGUCAAACAUUGAUCUGUCCUGGUCAAACAUUGAUCUGUCCUGUUCUGGUAAUAACAUUGAUCUGCCCUGUCCUGGUGAAAACAUUGAUCUGUCAUGUCCUGGUCAUAACAUUGAUCUGCUCUGUCCUGGUGAAAACAAUAAUCUGUCAUGUCCUGGUCAAAACAUUGAUCUGUCCUGUCCUGGUCAAAAUAUUGAUCUGUCCUGUCCUGGUCAAAACAUUGAUCUGCUCUGUCCUGGUCAAAACAUUGAUCUGUCCUGGUCAAAACAUUGAUCUGUCCUGUCCUGGUCAUAACAUUGAUCUGCUCUGUCCUGGUCAAAACAUUGAUCUGCUCUGUCCUGGUCAUAACAUUGAUCUGCCCUGUGCUGUUUACUUCCUGCAUUUAUGGAGGCAGCUUAGUGUAAGGAUAUGGUGGUUGGGUUGCAUCCAAAACGGCACUCUAAUAUCCCUAUAAAGGCAAUACUUUUACUACUAAAGUAGUACACUAUGUGGGGAAUAGGGUGUCCUUUGGGAUACACUGUACAGGCCCAAGUUCUGCUUUCUGUCUCAAAUGGAUACUAGAUAGGUCCAAGCUCUGCUUUCUGUCUCAGCUGGAUACUGGAUAGGUCCAAGCUCUGCUUUCUGUCUCAGCUGGAUAAUGUACAGGCCCACACUCUGCUUUUUGUCUCAGCUGCAUAGGCCCAAGCUCAGCUUUUUGUCUCAGCUGUAUUUUGUUCAGGUCCUAGCUCAGCUGCAUACUGUACAGGCCCUAGCUCAGCUGCAUACUGUACAGGCCCUAGCUCAGCUGCAUACUGUACAGGCCCUAGCUCAGCUGCAUACUGUACAGGCCCUAGCUCAGCUGCAUACUGUA